AUGCACGCUCACACACGCCCAGUCGUCCUCGAUUAUACAUUGGAAGAUCUGUACUCUUUGGAUGGUGGGAAAGCCUCGGACGUUGUUCUGGCCUUUGCCUUUCCCAUCCCUCGCGUACAAGCCGCAUCUUCUCUGCCUUUAUCGAAGGGUUUCACGUACCAGAGCCCACUGGCGGAGUACCCUUGCAAGCAGGAUUUGGCCAAAAAGCUUCUGCAGGGCAUACCGCAGCGAUAUGGAUUCAUUUCGGGGAAGAUGCCUCUGGUGCUAUUCGAACUCGAUCUCGAUGACCACGAGAAGAACGCACAAGACCCGCCGGUAAAGUUGCGUGCCCAUCAUAUUGAUACUAUGGAGGUCUAUAAACAAUUAAGCCCGGACCAACAACCCAAAGUCAUCUUUGCUCGCAGCCCAGCAGAUGUGGUCCUGCCGCCAAAUGUGCGGUUAGCCGUUCUGAGUCCCGUAGACUGUCUGGCACAUCUGCCGCAUGUCGUCGAUACGGAGGCGCACUAUAACUUGCUAUCAAAAAGAGGGCUAGCGUAUUCCGGCCUUCCAACUCCGCCGUCCGUUGUGAUUGACAGCCAUCUACUCCCUUCUCAAGUGCACGAUUCAUGUCUGGUCGACGCCGAAGCCCAACGUAUGCUGCGUACAGUCCACGAAAAGGACCUCCCAUUCAUCGUGAAGGUCCCACAAUCAAUCUCCGGCCAGGGAACAUUUAUUCUGCGCACGGAAUCCGAUCGACAGGAUGCGAUAGCCGUACUCCGGGAGGAGCUACGUGAGAUGAUCCAAGAAGUGCACCCAACAAAUCAACAUCUUUCCCCCUGUAGCCUGAUAAUCCAGGACUUCCUGGAAGGAGAGACAAUGGCGUUGUCGUUGUUUGUGACGUGUAAAGGCCGCGGGAUCUUCAUCGGCUAUACCAAACAGCUUUUUAACGACAACGAUCUUUGGGUUGGGGGUUGCAUAUCAUAUCCUGAACAGCCACAGCGGGAGCAGGAAUAUGCGGAAUUCACCGACCAGUUGGCCCAUUUCCUGUACAGCAAGGGCUACUACGGUCCAGCAGGGGUAGACUUCAUGAUCGGCCCAGAUGGACGGUUCCUAGUUCUCGACAUGAACAUCCGCGUCACGGGAACCUAUCAUCUGGGAUGUCUUCGAGGCCACUUCAUGCAACGGGGCUUUUCAGAAGCUACUAUGCUCUAUCCAGUUUACAUUGGAUGCGCGAAGGAUGAGUUCCGGGAUUUCUUCCGAAACGAGUUCAAGGAUGGGAGCAUGAUCCUCAGCUCAUGGACUACUAACCCACACCCAAAGCCUCAUUCUGUCUCGAUCACCAUAGCAGGGGUGGACAGGGUAGCCCUUAGUAGCUUGAUUGACAAAGUCAAUGCUUUCAGUGCAAGUGUUACUCGCGGGUAG